AUGGCUAAGAAGGCGCGCCAGAGGAUCAGCUAUGUCCUCGAGCUUCCCGCUGGGUCCCAAGGCGGCGGCCACAGGCUAGGCGUCAAUGGCCUCGCCGUCGACAAGGAUAACGCCAUCCUAUAUUCGGGAGCCCGCGAUGGCUACAUUUGCGCAUGGGACCUCAACCUCAACCUCCAGGGCGGCGGCAGCGCGCCCCCCGCCGACCCGAAGACCAAGACCACCUUCCGCUCCCAGACCCAGGCGCACAUGGCCUGGAUCAACGACAUUGUCCUCGCCAACAACAACUCGGCCGUCGUCACGGCCUCGAACGACCUGACUGUCAAGGUCUGGCGCCCACAUUCCGAGACGAACGACAUCGCCGCGACGAUCGGAGAGCACGCCGACUACGUCAAGUGUGUUGCGACCCCGCCUGGCGGCUCCGUCAACUGGGUCGCUUCCGGUGGCUUCGACCGCAAGAUAUACCUGUGGGACCUGAAUGGAGGGGGCAAGACUCUCGAGAUUGACACCCAGGGAGACGAAAUUGCUGAGAAAGGCUCCGUCUAUGCCCUGAGCGUCGGCCACAACAUCAUGGCCAACGGCGGCCCCGAGUCCGUCGUGCGCCUAUGGGACCCCCGUUCCGGCAAGAGGGUCACCAAGUUCGUCGGUCACACGGACAACGUGCGAGGCGUCCUGCUCAACGAGGCGGGCGACAAGGUCCUGACCGCCAGCUCUGACCACACCAUCAAGCUCUGGAGUGUCACGGCUGGUCGUUGCAUGUACACGUUCACCAUGCACGAGGACAGCGUCUGGUCGCUCUUCUCGGACGACCCCGAGCUGGGCACCUUUUACAGCAGUGACCGAUCUGGUUUCGUGGUCAAGACGGACGUGCGAGGAAGCCAGGAAGACAUGGACGAGGGACUCUCAGUUGCCGUCGCCCACGAGUCUCACUCUAUCAGCAAGGUCGUGGCCGCCGGCGACUACAUUUGGACGGCGACCAACACCUCGUCCAUCAACCGUUGGUCCAACGUAGACACGGGGCCUAAUCUACAGCUUCCCGAGGCUUUCCAGCGCCAGCGCGCAGCGUCCACGGCUUCGAGACCUAGGCAGCCGUCGAACCCGCCACCCGCAAACUCUCCAAAGAAGGAGAUCUCUCCCAGGUCCAUCUUGAGAAUCUCCAACACAGCAGCAUUCCCCGUCCAGACUAACCCUGGUCCGGAAUCACCCCCUGCUACUGGGAACCACAUCCCUCAAGGAACUGAGCCUAUCAACCAGAACCCCGAGGAGACGAUUGAGGGCCAGUUUGGUCUGGUCAAGCACAGGCUUUUGAACGAUAGGAGGAGAGUCUUGACGCUAGACACGGCCGGCGAUGUCCUCAUGUGGGAUCUCAUCAAGUGUCAACCAAUUCAAAAGUUUGCCAAGAGGCAUCUCGAGGAUGUUGAGCCAGAAGUCAACACCGUUGAGGCAGUAGCCCCAUGGUGCUCCAUCGAUAUCAGUUCUGGAAGUCUGACCGUCGUCCUCGAGCCGUUCAACUGCUUCGACGCAGAAAUGUAUGCAGACGACCUGGAGUUGGAGGAGCCGGUAGAGUUCCGGGAAGACCAGAGGAUCAACCUUGGGAAAUGGGUUCUUCGCUAUCUUUUUGCUGGCCUGAUCGACGAAGAAAUCAAGAGAGACGAGGCAUAUCGUCUGUCGCUCAACGAGUCCGUAGAACGGAGACUGGCUGCAAGCCGUGCGAACCCCCCGUCAUCAAUAACCAUCCCUGAAGGCGGCUCUUGGGAAGAGAACUCGGGAACGACCCCGCGCGCCAACGGUUCCCACCACCCUAUGACGCCCGGUAUGGCCAUCGGACUGGCGACCCCAGGCCCGUCUGGCAAGCUUCACGAUGUGCCCGAAGGAGUGGCGACGCCAUCUAGUCCGCUCGAUAACAAGUCAUCUCAGUUCAGCCGGCCUUCGAGUGAGAAGGAGGAUUAUUUCACCAGUGCCAUCGGGCCCAUUGAGGGUGCUUCGAAACCCACGGCUGCGCCGGCGACGCCUGCCGAGCAGACAACUGCCGCUGACUCCAAGGCCAACGCCGACACAGGCAAAGACAAGGAUAAGGAAAAAGAGAAAGACAAGGAUGCCACAAAUGGAAAGUCACCUAGCACGCCAUUCGGCAAAAAGUUCCGCAUGAACAUGGGCAUGUCUUUUGGCAGUAAGAAGAUUGGGAGAUCUGCUUCGACGACCGCUCCGGAGAAGCCUGCUGUGGUGGACGAGAAGGCUGAGGAGUCCGAGGCGUCGUCGACACACGAGAAGGAGGUUGAUGACAGUUUCCUGGGCGCCAUCCAGAAGAUUCGCAACGACUACGACAAGUCAUUGACUGAGAACCCCGACAAGCUUAUCGAGACAAAGGUCACCCCAAGCUUGGCAAACGAUACGCCGGUGCUCAAGCUGCCGCCCGGUACAAAGGUCGUUCUCCAGGAGGAGACGACUGGUGGCAGCGCCAACAUCUACCAAGGCACGGUGGAGACUGUUGGAAAGGGCGCAGACAUUAUCGAACAGCGUGGCCCUAUGUGGUUGGGCGAGGUUCUGCUCCAGAACCAGAUUCCUUUCAAGGAACCCGUCAAGGUCUCCUUCGUGCUCCAGCCGUGGCAGAACAGCUUGCCCGACAUUGCAACAACAGACGGCAACAGCCGUCUCAACGCUAACAGGAUGUUGCGCGUCAAGAAGAUCCUGGCCUACGUUGCUGAGCGAAUCGACCCUCAGCCCGAAAACCCGGAGCCGGAUGCGCUCCUACCUCACGAGUACUUGGAAUUGUACUGCAACGAACAGCUGCUUCCAAUCACCAUGACACUUGCGACCCUGCGAGCCCACAUUUGGAAGGGCGGCAACGACGUCCAACUUCACUACAAGGCGAACGGCCGCAAGGAGAUUCCAAACCCGCCGCCUAAGCCUCCGGCUGCGGAAUCUGAGACGGCGCCCUCGCAAGGCACCGCGACGCCUCCCCAAGCGACAGUAUAG